AUGCCACCACAGCAGCCUACACAGCCAAAUCCCAUUCAGCAGCAAUUUAUCUCCCCUCAGCAGGAGCAGUUCGCCCAACAGUCACAGGAAUCUGCUCGUCAGCAGCUUACCCAAGCUCCACCAAAUACGCAGCAGCAAGUGGUGCAACCCCCACAGCAGCUCACCCAACAGAGACAAGUGCAGUUCAAUCAGCAACGAGUGGGUGAAGCUCAAAAUCAGUUCGCUCGCCCAGUACAGCAACAGCCUACUCAGGUCUUUACCCAAACAUCACAAAUGCCUAUACGGCAACAGUUCACCCAGCCUCCACCGGUGCCCCUCGUCCAGCAACAGUUCACUCAGCAGCGGCAACAGCCUGCUCAGGAGCAGUUUACCCAAUCGUCACAACUGCCUAAUCAACAGCAGUUUAUUCCCGUUCGACAACGGAUAGAAUCAGUUCAGCAAAUUCAGGCUCAACUAAGGCAAAACCAGCAACAGUUCACCCAGCCGCCGUUGCCCGCUCAGCAGCAAUUUACCCGGGAGCGGCAGCAACCUGCUCAAGAACAGUUUACCAGCCCACCACAGGUGCCGAUUCAACAGCAGUUCACCCAGCCACCAUCGGUGCGCGUCCAGCAGCGGUUUCCCCAACAGGAGCAAGGACAGUUUUUUCAACAGUUACCGCAACCUGCUCAAGAACGAUUUACCCAACCACCACAGGUGACUAAUCAACAGCAAUUUACUACUGUACAACAGCGAGAGGAACCAUUUCAACAACCACGGGAUUUCCAACGACCAAGGCCAGCUAGACCGCAACAGUUUACCCCAGGACAGGAUCAGGUAGCCCAACAAAGGCAGGAUCAAGAACAAUUUGCCCAACAGCGACAACGACCUACUCAGGAGCGGUUUAUUCGCCCAACGCAGGUGCCAUUCCGACAACAAACAGAACCGCCACAGUUGCUCGCCCAACAGCAAUUUAACCAACAGCGAGAACAACCUGCUCAGGGACAGUUCACCCAACCACCAGAG